AUGGACUUCCCAGGUCAUUUCCAGCACAUUUUCAAGCAGCUCAACCUCCAGCGCCUCCAUGCUCAGCUGUGUGACUGUGUGGUGGUAGUUGGAGGCCAGAGCUUCCAGGCUCAUCGCUCCAUCCUGGCAGCGUGCAGCUCUCACUUCAGAGCUCUCCUGAGCUCCAGUGAAAGUGUUGAUGAAGUUGGAGGAGCAGGAGCCGACAGAGGCGAAGGGGGAGGCCCCAGUGUGAUGGAGCUAGAUCCAGAGGUGGUGACCCCCGAGGCGUUCUCCACCCUGCUAGACAUGAUUUACACCUCCACCCUCUCCCUGGGGGCCUCCAAUGUGAUGGAUGUGCUGUUGGCAGCCUCGCACCUGCACCUGAACACUGUGGUGAAGGCGUGCAAGCUCCACCUGUCCAGGAAAAACUUCCCUGCCUCGCCACCUAAAGGAUGGAGGACAGUGCAGCAGCAGCAGGGUCCCCCUUCACACACAUCUGCUCUGGAAGAGUAUUUAGACGAAGAGGGAGUGGGAGUGGAGGUGAGCCAGUCGGGUGAGGUUGAAGAUCAGGGGGUGAGGAGGAGAGUCAGUGGCAGGCAGAGUGCAGCAGCGCUGUCCUCGAGGCAUAAAAGAAAGUCACAGGAGGACAGGCCCAACGACAGGAAGAGAAGCUGCAGGCUGCCUGGGGAAAAGUACAAGGAGUGUUCGCCUACUGUGACGAGCAGAAGCACCGUCAGCACAGAGGAAGGAGAAGAUCUGCUGUCCGCAGACUGCAUGAAGACGACUGAUGGACUCUGGGAAAACCGAGGCGACAAGGACGACGAGGAGGUGGAGAAGAAGUACGAUGCAACCAAGGGAGAGUCGGAGGAGAUCCAGCUGCCGAGCCAGUCAGACAGCAGCACGGGAGGUGUGGAUGCGUGGGAGAAGCUUGGAGAUACAGAUGGAGACACAGUGGUGAAAGUAAAGGUGGGAGAAGAAGGGGAGGAAGAGGGAGAGGAGCCAAAGAUAGAGGUGAUUGAGGUGAAAAAGGAAAGUUUAAGUGUAUAUUCUCCUGACUUAGAUUCUCCUCCAUCUCCAGCACAAGACUGCACAAACGAUUUAAACGCACAAGUAAACGACAAGAAAAUGGCCUCAGUGGUCAGCCCCACAGAGGGAGGUGGCGAUAGCUCUUUACAAUCUCAGCUGUGCACAGAUCCUCAAACUGAUGGACACAGAGAUGACGGAGGUUUGGGUGAGGACUCAGUAGACGGUGAAGGCCUGGACAGUCUGUCAGAGCUGGCCUUUUCCUGCUUCCUCAAUCCCAGUGCUGAAUGUGUAAUGGGAGCUCUGGAGGAAGAAGACAGCCUAGCCAGUCUCACAGCCGCUGCUACUGCAGCCGCCGCCGCCAGUGAUGCUCCUGCAGGUGCUGGAAAUGCGGGUGACCUAUGUCAAAACUCAGAAGAAGCAAACAUCUCUUCUGCUCCGUCCUCUGAUUCCUCCUCCUCUCUUGUGUUUCCAGUAACUUCUGUUCCCUUGCAGCAGCUUCUCCCGACUCAGAGCCCUGGUUUUAACGACACACUCAUCCUACAGCCCUCCCAGAACUCUUUUGGGGGGUUUCUGAGCGGCAUCAGACCGGGCCUCGGUCUAGAAGCCUCCCUUGUCCAACCCGCCAGGGUUGGGAAAAUUGCAGGGGCAACGACCUUCCGUCGCAUCGCCCCCAAAGUGCCGCCUGGAUUAGAGGCCAGCACAGAUCCUUCGUCUUCCUCUGGAUCAGCGGGGGAUGCUGCUGAUCGGCCACCUCUAACCAGAGCUUCCGAGGAUGUUCUGUCCAAGUGCAAGAAAGCAGCCGCUGAAGACCAUGUGCUGUUAGUGGAAGGGGAGAAGAAAUACGCCUGCAACAUCUGCUGUAAGACGUUCAUGAACCUGACUGACUGUAAAAAGCAUAUUCGGGUGCACACAGGAGAAAAGCCCUAUCCCUGUCCAAAGUGUGGCAAACGCUUCAGCCAGUCCUCGCAUCUGUACAAGCACUCUAAGAACACCUGUCUAAACUGGAAAGAUGAUCAGUCCUUCUCAGAAUCUCUACUCUGA